AUGUCGUCUACUGACAAUUUUUUUUCAUUUUCUUGGAGAAUCAACUGUUUUAAUGAAUUAGCAGCAAGACAUCCAAAUGAAACAUUUUUUUAUAGUGAGAGGUUUUGGUCUCCAAGAGGACAACCAGGUAAAACUUCGUUAUCUUCAUCGCCUUCAACAGCAAUUGUAUCAACAACAAAUACAACUAUGGCAUUUAAUGAGAAUAAUAUUUUAUGUGGACAAACCAAUAAUCAUAAUAAUACCUGUUAUUUAUGGAGGUUAAAAAUGUUUCCUAAUGGGGUAGAUAAAAAGUCUAAUGAUCAUUUGUCGCUUUAUCUUGAAGCUAUUCAUACACAAUAUGAGAAGGUAAAUGGUAUAGGAUGUAGACAAAAAAAAUUCAGAUUGUCACUUUUUCGCAUUGAUCCCAAUAACAAUAAUAAUCCACAACAAUCGCAGCAGCAACAACAGUUGUCAUUGCAACAAUUUCAUCGACAUACAUUAGAAACAAAGUUUGAAUUUAAUGGUUCGAAUUCAGAUUAUGGAUUUGCAAGAAUUAUUGCAUUAAAAGAUUUGUUCCCAAUUACAAAUGAAAAUUUAUAUCCGGAAAUGGAUUUACUAGUCAGGGUGCAAAUAUUCAAUGAUCUUCCAACUGGUGAGGGAACAAGUUCGAUUGCGAACAUAUUUGAUCUUUCACUGGGACCAUUUGAAAAGUAUUUUGAAGUGGAAAAAUUUUAUGAUAUAGAGUUUGUGUUUGAUUGUGGAUCAGUGAUGAAGGCACAUCGUGUGAUAUUGGCUGCGAGAUCAGCGUAUUUUGAGAAUUUAUUGGGAGGAGAAUGGAAGGAAGGUCACAUGAAAACGAUUGCUAUUAGAGAUAUGCCGUAUAAAACGUUCAGGUCGAUAGUUCAUCAUCUUUACACAAAUAAACUUGAGGAUGACUUAACGUUUGAGCUGCUGAGAGAAAUUUUUUCUAAAGCAGACAUGUUGGGCAUUCCACAGCUUGAAACGAUGGCAGCAGAAAGAAUGGUUAGAUUGAUAAAUAGUGAGAAUUGGGAUCAGAUAUUAAUGUUAGGAUGGGAGUUUCAAGAUAACAGGUUACGAACAGCAGGCUUAGAAUUUGCAAUAGAUAAUUGGACAAAGAUACGAGACACAGAAAAUAUGAAACAAGUGAUGGAGUGUGGUAAUAUGGAUUGGAUCGAAGAAUUAAUUCUUGGAAAAUUCCUUGCUACAAGAAAUGGUAGAGAUUUUACUAUUAAUGAACCUUGCGAAGAGGUUGCUGUUUUUGAUGAGAGUAUUUAUUUGGCUUAUAAAGCUGCUAAUCCAGAAAAAUACAAUUUGCCAAAUUACAAUGCUGAAAAGUUUGAAAAGUCACCUUAUAAAACACCUACAAAAGUUAUUCUUGAGGUUUAUGAAGAAAUGCCUCAUGUCUUCCAAAAAGAGUUAAAAGCCUUACAUGUAAUGGGUAAAGGUGAAAUUAUUGAAGGGUUGAAAGAGGAGCAUUACAAGAUACUUGAAUGUGAAAAUAUUGGUGUUGUUUCUAUUGGAAAACUUCAUUUUACUAGACCUAAUGAUAACAAUCAAUGA